AUGGUUCCCAAUGAAGACAGUCAAUUUGUGGGGAUUAUCCAACUGCUUCAGUACUUUAGAUGGUCAUGGAUUGGGAUUUUUGCUGUUGAUAAUAACAGUGGAUAUCAUUUCUUGCAAACUAUCAAGCCUUUACUUUCUGAGAAAGGAAUGUGUUCAGCAUUUAUACAACGAAUCCCACAAAUAGCUCGUUUGGAUAAAACGCAUGAAUAUGCUGGCCUUGGUGCAGAUAUUUAUAUGCAUUUUACCAAUGAGAACAUAACUGUGUUUCUAAUCUAUGGAGCAUCUUUGACAAUUUCAUGGCUCAGAACUGUUUUAUAUCUACAAGAUCCUGACUAUAUUGAGAAGAUGACAUUUCGUAAGGUAUGGAUCAUGACAUCUGAGACAGACUUCAUACUAAUAGGUUUUCAAAAGAGCUGGGAUCUUGAAUUAUUUUAUGGAUCUCUGUCUUUUACUACUCACUCAAAAGACAUUCUGGGCUUUAAAGAUUUUCUUCACACCGUAAAACCUAAUAGUAACAAAGAAGAUGGUUUUCGUCAGGAUUUCUGGGAGGAUGCCUUUGACUGUUCCUUCCCAGGUCCAGAAAAGUUCAUGGGGGAUGGUGAUCCAUGCACUGGGGAGGAGAACCUGGAGACCCUUCCAGGAUCUCAGUUUGAAAUGAGCAUGACGGGCCACAGCUACAGUAUCUAUAAUGGGGUUUAUGCCGUGGCUCAUUCCUGGCAUGACCUCUCCUUAUACAGAUCCAGGCACCGAACUACGGUGGGUGAUCGUAGGUCUGAACUUCCAGAUCUCCAAUCCUGGCAGCUCCACCCAUUUGUUCAAGGCAUUUCAUUUAACAACUCGGCUGGAGAACUUGUGUCCUUUAAUGAUAAAGGGGAGGUGAAAGGUGGAUUUGACCUCAUGAACAUAGUCACUUUUCCCAACAGCUCCUUCCAGAGAGUGAAAGUGGGAAUGCUGGAUCCAGAUGCUCCAGGGGGAAAAAUUAUAAUCUUUAAUGAAGGUCAGAUUGUCUGGCAUCGGGAUUUUAAUCAGGUCCUUCCAUUUUCCCAAUGUAAUGCACACUGUCAUCCCGGAAAUCAGAAGAAAAAAAAGGAAGGAGAGAAAUUCUGCUGCUAUGAUUGUGUUCCGUGCCCAGAGGGGAAGAUUUCUAACACCAUGGAUGUGGAUGACUGUUUCCAAUGCCCUGAUGAUCAAUAUGCAAACAAGGACCAAGAUGGAUGUAUCCCUAAAACGAUAACUUUCCUAUCGUGUGCCGAACCUCUGGGCAUCGCAUUAGCUUCCAUUUCCCUUUCCUUCUCAUUGACCACAACCUUUGUCUUUUGGUCUUUUAUUAAACACAGAGACAGUCCCAUCGUCAAAGCCAACAACCGGGAUCUCACCUACAUUCUUCUUCUCUCCAUCCUGCUCUGCUUCCUCACCUCUUUACUCUUCCUGGUGCGACCUGGAAAAGUGACCUGCUUUCUCAGACAAUCUGCUUUUGGGAUCAUCCUCUCAUUUGCUGUUUCUUGUGUGUUAGCCAAAACCAUUCUUGUUUCUCUAGCAUUCAUGGCUACAGAACCUGGAUCCAGGAUGCGGAGAUGGGUGGGGAAAAGACUGGCCUUUUCCAUUGUCUUUUCCUGCUCUCUCCUCCAAGCCAGCAUUUGUACGGUGUGGUUGUCAACCUCUCCUCUUCCUGAGUUAGACAUGCACUCAGUCACUGAAGAAAUCCUCCUCCAAUGCAAUGAAGGGUCGUCCUCCAUGUUCUAUUGUGUCCUGGGCUACAUGGGCCUCCUGGCCCUCACCAGCUUCAUCGUGGCCUUCCUUGCCCGCAAAUUACCAGACUCUUUCAAUGAAGCCAAGUUCAUCACCUUCAGCAUGUUGGCCUUCUGCAGUGUCUGGGUCUCCUUUGUUCCAACCUAUCUGAGCAGCAGAGGAAAAGCCAUGGUGGCUGUGGAGGUCUUCUCCAUCUUGUCUUCUGGUGCUGGGUUACUGUGCUGUAUUUUUCCCCCCAAAUGCUACAUCAUCAUGCUGAGGCCUGAGUUAAGCAAGAGGAAGUUAUUAAUAAGAGGCAAGGAGUAA